AUGUAACUGAAUAAAAAGAAGCAAAAAAUAGUUUUAGGGUAUGUUCACACAGGGCUUCUCUUCUGUUCACACAGGGCUUCUCUUCUGUUCACACAGGGCUUCUAUUCUGUUCACACAGGGCUGAAGUUAAUUGGGAAAAUGUACAUAAAAUCUGUGGCAUUUCAGUCCUGUGAGAACAUACCCUUGGGGGCCCAUGGGCUCUACAGAAUUUCAGCUAGGAAUUUCCCAACCAAGGCUGAUUAUAUUAGUGUGCUGUGUAUAAGGGGGCCGACCCGGGAAAAUAGUAGGAUGGGUAAAGGGCGGAACAAAAAAAAAAAAAAAAAAAAACAAGGAGCUGCCCCAAACCAGCAAGGCAUGUGGCAUGCUGGGAUUUGUAGUUUUCAGCACAGCAAGAAACAGGAAAUAGAAGAAAAGAUAGGAAAACAAAGUGGGGGAUAAAAAGACAACAAAGAACGGAAAUAGAGUAGGCUAAACAACAACAAUAGAAAUGAAACAAAGCAAAUAGGAAUUAAAAGAGAACAGGAACAAACAGAGUAUGCAGGGAUCAAAAAUCAUGAGCUAUCACAGUGGACCAGCUUAUUGUUCCUCACAGUACCUCCUGCCCACUAUUAGAUUAUGAAAUGACUGCACCCACCUCACAUGACUGGUAGAUAAGGAAGCACUGGAGUUGUUACACACAAGUACUAUACGUACAUUUCCAAAGACCGUGCUGGCUGCUCGCUGACCAAACAGCAGGUCCAUAAAAAGAAGAAUGGCUUGUAAUAUAAGGCUUCCUCUAUUGGAAAACCAGUUGACAUGUCCAAUCUGCCUGGAGGUAUUUAAGGAUCCUGCUAUGUUGCAGUGUGGUCACUCCUACUGCAGAGAAUGCCUGUGGGGACUGAUGAAGGAAUCGCAAAUCCUUCUGUUAUGCCCUGUGUGUCGGCAAGAAGUAGACUACAGCUCCUCUCCUCCUAAUGUUACACUGAAGCGUCUCAUUGAGACCCUGAAGAUACUGAGUGAGGAACAAGCAGCAACAGAGACAUGUCCUAAUCAUAAUAACCCACUGUGCCUAUACUGUGAACAGGACCAAGAAGUCAUCUGUGGUCUAUGUGGAACUAUUGGGGACCACCGACAACACCCAAUCAAACCUCUCAGCAGUGUGUAUAGUAGAAUGAAGGAAGAAGUGUCUGCACUGAUGACUGAGCUACAGAAAGAGAGAAGAGGCCUGGAGGAGCAGAUAAGCAAACUCACCAACAACAAGACUCGGAUCUUAAAUGAAUCGGAUGUGUUUCAACGUUUAAUCUGCAAAGAAUUCCGUGAGCUCCAGCGAUACAUUGCAGAAGAAGAGUCUCAUUUUCUAAAGUUAGUGUCCACAAAGGCAACAGAACUCAUCAAUUCCAUCGAGAUCCAGUUACAGCAAAGAAAUGAGAUUCUGAGCAUUGUACAAGACAAAGAGAGGCAACUGGAGAACCUGGGAAAUGAGAAUCACUUACACUUCAUCCAGAAUUACGCAACAGUGACUUCCAGUUGUCAGCCCCUGCUCCCUCGCUGUGCCGACACAUCCUAUAAUGCUGUAUUCUUUAAACCUGGAAUCCGACAAGAUGACAUCAAACUAACAGUCUGGAAGCGCCUGCACCGUAGGAUUCUGCCCUCUCCAGAGGUUCUGAAAUUAGACCCCCUCACAGCGCACCCACUUCUGGAGUUGUCCAGGGGAAAUACUGUGGUGCAGUGCAAGUCACCCGCUUGCCGUCGUGGCAGCAAUCCUGAGGGCUUUGAAAACAGCAGCUGUGUUCUGGCAACACGUGGCUUUUCCACAGGGAAACAUUACUGGGAAGUAAUUGUUGGCACCAAACAGAAGUGGAGAAUUGGUGUGGUGAAGGGCACAGUAAGCCGUAAAGGCAAGAUGAUUCGAUCACCAGAGGCAGGGGCAUGGCUUAUUGGCCUUAAAGAAGGACGUUAUUAUGAAGCCUUCACAUCUCCCAGUGUCUAUCUGCCUAUCCAAACCCAUCCAGAACGCAUUGGCAUUUUCCUAAACUAUGAGAAAGGGGAGCUUACGUUUUAUAAUGCAGACAACACAGAUGAACUGAUACCUCUCUAUACAUUUCGUGCAGAGUUCCAAGGAAAGCUUUACCCAGUUCUGGAUGUAUGCUGGCAAGAGAGGGGAACCAAUCCUCAGCCUCUUAUAUUGCCAAUGUCAGGCAACAUUAAAGCUCCAUAAUCAUUUUUAAAACUAUUUUCCUUUGAUAUGUAGCUUAUCAUACCAGGACACAAAUAACUUUACAAGGGUUUCCAGGCAGGGAGAUUGAUUUUGCAAAUGCCUUGGGGUUUCAGUGAAGAUAUGCACCUUCUCUGAUCCCUUGCUACUGCCAUUCUGAUGGUGCCUAGCCCCUGCUUCUCUCUUCUUCUUCUUGGUUCCUGUGGUGUUUUUUGGGGUAGGAAAUGCUUGCUCAGCCCAGAGGCAGGAGAGUAUGCUGUCUUUUUUGAUGCAUUUACAAAAAAAAAAAAAAAAAAAAGAACUCCAUUCUCAAUGCCCAGAAAACCCCCUUUAAAGAGCAUAUGACAGCAGCAUCACCGGCACUAACCUGCUUUUACAUCCUUGUACAGGGUAAUAUUGCGGAUUUUAACAAUGUUUACCAUUUGGUGAUGUUGUUCUCAACUUAUGGGCUAAAAUUUUAAUAUCACAAAGAACUGGCGCUCAAGGUCUAAGAUAUAUGGCACAAUAAUUAAUAAGCAAUAAGAUUUAUUCUAAAUGAUGCAUAGUCAGACAUAUAUUUAAACAACUGCAGUAAAAAUAAAAGUACUGCCGACACCAACAGGGCCCUUAUCGGUGUCGCAACAAUAGUGGAUACAACUUAUAAUGUAGAACCAAGAAAGCUAAUUUUUUACAUUUUUUUUUUCA